AUUAUCCUGAAGGCAAUAAUUCAAGUGAUUAUCUUGUUCAAACAACAACAUAUCUUCCGGAAAACUUCACAUAUUCACCAUACCUCCCCUGCCCAGAAAAACUACCUUACAUGCGUGGCAGUUCUCAUUCCUUUUCGUAAUCGCCAUGAACAUCUUCCAAUUUUUUUCUUGCAUCUGAUUCCAAUGCUCCAAAAACAGCGCCUGGAAUUUGCCUUUUAUGUCAUUGAACAGACCGGCACACAACCUUUUAACCGUGCAAUGCUCUUCAAUGUGGGCUUCCAAGAGGCCAUGAAAGAUAGUGUCUGGGACUGCGUCAUCUUCCAUGAUGUGGAUCACCUACCCGAAAACGACCGGAACUAUUAUGGAUGUGGAGAAAUGCCACGUCAUUUCGCAGCAAAACUGGAUAAAUACAUGUAUAUUCUUCCAUAUAAAGAGUUUUUCGGUGGUGUAAGUGGACUGACAGUGGAACAAUUUAGAAAGAUCAAUGGUUUUCCUAAUGCCUUCUGGGGAUGGGGAGGAGAAGACGAUGACCUUUGGAACAGAGUUCACUAUGCUGGAUAUAAUGUAACAAGACCAGAGGGGGACUUAGGGAAAUACAAAUCUAUUCCUCAUCAUCACCGAGGUGAAGUCCAGUUUUUAGGACGGUAUAAAUUACUAAGGUAUUCAAAAGAGCGUCAGUACAUCGAUGGGUUGAACAAUUUAAUAUAUAUGCCAAAAAUACUGGUUGAUAGGUUGUAUACAAAUAUAUCUGUAAACCUCAUGCCAGAGUUAGCUCCAAUCGAAGACUAUUAAAACAAGUCGCUUUCCUGGCAAGAUGGACCACAGUGCUGGAUCAUAAACUUGGGGUGCACGUUUCAUGGAGGUCAGUGAAGGGAUGUGUCACAGUACCCCAUUCUGUAAGAAGAGCCGGCAUCCUCAGUGUUUCCAGUGUGGGAUUGUACAGUCAGCUUUCUUCCUCCCAUCCUCUGCUCUGAGACACACCCCCAUGGCGAGCACUGCAGAAGCCAGAUGCCGUUGCUUAAGACUGGAAGUUAAGAGAGCUCUCUACAAAGAAAAACAUUUUUAUACUGAAAUCUAUAAUUUAAUUCAAGAGAAUGCUUUAUUUCUGUUUAAACAUAUUUUGUACAUAUGUGAUGUAAAUUAAUGGGUUCAAAUUGUUGAAAAAUAAGCUGUGUUGCAGUUUUGCAUGUAAUUGGUUAUGCCUUUAUUGGACUUUUAUAGACUUUUUUAUUUGCAUGGGAAAAAAACAAUGUAACAAAAAAAAUUUAUGUUACGAAACAAAGGUUAACCCUUGUGUGAAAUGAAGGAACUGUCAAUAAUUGACAGCCAACUAAUACAGUAAACUGUUAUACUAGUUUUGAGCUUUAGAUCUUCAGCCUUCUGUGUGGAAGAAGUCACAGCUUUCUUAGGGUCUUAAAGGGUAAGAAGAAAGGACUUAAACAGCUUUUCUUCCUACCAGCAUUACCUGUAUUUUUCCUUGCUUGCAAUCUCAUCAGAUUUGCUAAAUCACAACCAUAUUGUUUAUGCAUAUUGCAUGAGUAUUACCAAGAAAAUCUUAAAAGUUGUGAUGUGACAUGAUAUAAAGGAACUCUUUUUGUUAAAUGUCUUUCAUGUACCUCUUGUGUGUCAGGGAUUUUGUGCCUCAAAAAAUGUUCCCAAGGUUGUGUGUGUUUGUACACUGUUUUUUGUUUGUUUUGCUUUUCAGUUCAUAGUGAACAGCACUUUUAUUAUUUCCGGUUCAAAAGAGCCAAAACCUUUUUUUCACUUAAAAAAAAAUCAAAAUGAUUUGUUUUCAAGAAUGAGUUAUAGAAAACCCAGUAGUACUUAUAAUAAACAAAUGAAUUAUACUAUUAGAUAAGAAAUUAAAUGUUCUAUUUUUAUGAAGAUAAAUGCUUAGUAGAUAAAAACAGAUUUUAAGUUUAAUUCUUAGACUCAUAGAAUUUCAGGUUUAGAAGGGAUUCAUUUUAAUGUUGGCCAAUUUCAUUCAAACUAUGUAUUUUUUUCACUUCUAAGCAAUUAUAUCUCUGGUGUUGUUAUAAUUCCCUUACUGAAAGCAUAAUUUAAUAGAAUUACAUAAUCAGUUAUUUAAAUCCAUUAAUGUUUUGAGACACUUCUCAGAAAACAGGUCUUACUACCUGACAUCAAAUAUAUUACUUUAUCUUAAAUUUGGACAAAGUUUUUAUGACAAAAUCAAGCAUUAUUUUUACUUUGAAAAUGAUCAAUUAUUGUUAACCAAAGAUUCUUUAAAAUAUCAAGAUAUUUUCACAAAUUUAAAACAAAAAAUUGUAUAUGUAUAAAGUGAAUCUUGAACAACAGUGAAGAACAAUAAAAAUCUAUAUUUGAGAGAUGUUUGAUAACAUUUGCCUCAUGGAUUAUUCACUUAAAACAGAAAUAUGGCUAUUUAUCUCAGGUUAUAAGUUUAAUUUUGAAGUGUCAUUUUCUAUGGCAAUAUUGGUAACCCAAUGACUACGACCCAACUCACAAAAUAAUUGAAAUUCUCGUAUUUUGAGAAAACUGAUAGUUCUCUGUUAUGAUACCAAACAGAAUUUUUUCACAUUUAUUUUUUAGAAAUAAUUCCAAAAUACAUGUCUCAUUUAUUUGCUUUUACUGAAAAUAAUGAAAAAUCAGACCUUCUGAACAGUAAAAUAUUUGUUCUUAAUUUGUGUAUCUGUUCAUUUUCUGUGUCCCAUAGCCAAUGUAGUUUUUUAAUUCAAUGAAAUGAAGGAAAGUAAAUUGGGGAAGUUAACAUUUGUUGAUCACUAACAAGAUAGUAGGGGCACAGAAGCAAAAUUAAUCCAUAAAAUAAUAAAAUAAUUAAAUAUUUCAGUUGUGGGGAAAAUUAGGGCUGUUUUUGAGUCUUAUCAGGAAAAGUUUUUUUUGUUGUUUUUUUUUUAGUUUGGAGCUGCCCACAUUAGAAUCUUUUCCUUAUAUACACUUUACAAUUUUAAGAGAAUUCAAUUCUACUACAGUCUGCCUUAUUUUCAUGGAUUAAGUCUAAUAGUAAUUUUUAUUUUAGGAAUGGGCCUGAAUAUUUUGCUUUUUUCUGUUUUGAAUAUGAUAUGUCAUCCUGUGAAAACCAUCUCAUAAGUUGGCUUUUUGUCUUUUGUUUUUGUUUUGCCUGUUAAGUGCAGACCUAAAAUUGAUUUUUGCCCGUAAAUAAUGACUUUUAUAUGUUUCAAUAAAGUGACAGUUUUGACCAAUUAUCUUUAAUGUAUGAAAAUAAAUCUAUUCCAUAAAAAUGAACAAAUGCAUUGCAAAUGCAAACUUUCUUUAUAGUUAUGUUGGUGGAUUUAUUAGUGAACGUGUAUUCUUGCCUACUUUAUCAGGUGCAGUGCUAGCUAUGUCUUUGGAAAAAGUAUUAUUUCAUUUCUAAACAAAUCAAGUUAAGUAAGUUGAAACCUUUCCAAAAUUAUGAAGACAUGCUCUGAUAAUUUAUUCAUUGUAUUUCUUAGUCUCAAAGUCUAGACAUAUAUGUAUGUGGACAUAGAGCUAUUAUUACGAGGUCCCUAUAGCACUACUGGGAAAGUUAUAUAGUGCCUUUCAACUAGAGAAAGUAGUAAUGAUUAAUGGGCCUAUUUGUAGAAAAAGGAAAAUGUUCACAUGUCCUGUAACAUUGUGUCUAAUUCAUAGUGGAGAUAGUCAUUUAAACCUUUGCCAAAACUAGGAUUUAAUGGAUAUUUUUUAAAAUCUAAAUUUAAAUUUCUGUUUGUAUUUUGUGAAAAGGUGUUCAGUAAGAAAACGUUGUUUACAAUAUUAUGUAAGUACAAAGUUACGUAUUAAAAACUUGCUUAUCCUCCUCUUCCUAGUCAAGAGAUUAAUAUCCAUUUUAAAAGAAAUUGGACAAAUAUGCAAUACAAUAUUCUCCCUCUUUUGAAGUCCCCCUCUGAGAGAAAGAAAUUUUGUGUCAUUUUAUUUGGCCUUUGCUCAUCUCUGUUACAUUUCUUUAUGUAUUUUUUCAGACAAAUAUUAGCACUCUAGAUUUAUUGCCUUCUAUUUGCAAGUAUGCCCAUUGAGAGAACCAAAAUGGCCAUAGUGGUAUUUAUCACAAAGAGGAAGUGUACUUAAGAUUAGUUUUAUUAAGAUCUGAAAGGCUUUCACAUAAAUGCACUGAAAUAAAUGCUAGUAAUUUCUUGUACUCUUUUUUUUUUUUUGCAUCUCAUGGAAAUGUUUGUACUUUUUUAAUCAUUGUCUUUUAUGAAAUAUAAUGUUCUAAAGACUUUGUGUGAUGAUGUAAUUAUUUUCUUUCGGGAACUUUUUUUUAGUUAUCUGGGUUUUUCCUUCUUGUUGUAUUUGUUUUCCUAAAUUUCAAGUGAAUUUUUGAUGAAUACCUUUGUUGCACUAGGAUUGCAACUCAAGCAUAAGACUAUCACAGCAUCUGCCUUUGCAACAGUCGCAGUCAAAUACAUUUAAGUAUCACCUCAUAGCUUUUUCUCCCAAAGAGACACAGUAAUAUUUAAAUGUUUGUCCUUGAUACAGUUAGGAAUCUGUUGUAUCAAGAUGAAUAUUUAAUGAUCCAUUUUCAGCAUAACUUUUCCCUGUACAACUUCAAUAAAUUAAACUAGUAUGUUAUGGUCACUUCCCUUCUUGUUUUUCGAGUGUCAAGUAGCAUUGAAGAUUUUUAAUUAAGACAAUCAAAUCUCAAAAAUACCUAGGGACUAGAUUUGCAUUUGGGGUAGAUUGUGAGAGCAUGGCUUUUAUCAAAUUAUUUGUAAGGAGCUCUAAGUAUUAAUUUUUAUGCAUAGUAUCAGUUACCAGGAUAUUGUCACUAUAGAUCACAAAUAAAGCCAAUCAUUAAAUCAUAAUCAUUUAGUUAUUUAUAUCAUGCAGAGUCAUAAAAUUGAGUCAGCUUAGUCUGCCCCAGGU